UUAUCUCUUUUUCCCCGAAAUGUGCGAUCGUGUAUGUAACUGUUGCAUCACACAAGGGUCAGUAAAGUGACCACACUCGACCGAGAGCUGCUAAAACUUCCUGACCAACUCAAAUUUGCAACUGCAAGUCUCUCUCUCUCUCUCUCUCUCUCUCGCUCUCAGAUUUCGAGCUUCAAGGGUUUCGGAGGAGUUUGAAAAUUGAAAAUCUUGCCACACUUUCCCGUGAAACAAACAGGAGAGGAAAGGGACAAAGAACUGGAAUACAGAGACCACGAGGACGGAAAACCCUAGCUGAGACAUCCGAAGCAAGAGACCUGAUGAAAAUAUUUGCAAUUGGAUUCUGAGACAAGUGUGAGCGUGGGAAAGACUUUAGUUUUUGGGUUUUUGAGAUGGAGAGGUCGAGAUCUAAGAGGAACUACUACUAUGAACACCAGGACUAUGACUCGGAGACGGUGGGUAGGACGAGGCCUCGGUACAACAACCACUACCCGGCGGCGAAUCCCACGCCGCACCACCGACAUCGUGGCGGGUCGGCUCGGGCGCCGAAGCCGCAGGCGGACCCGUCCUUGACCGUGACGACGACGUAUCGGAUCCUCUGCCACGACGCGAAGGCCGGGGGGGUGAUCGGGAAGUCCGGGAGCAUCAUCAAGUCGAUCCGGCAGCACACCGGCGCGUGGAUCAACGUGCAUGAGCUGGUCCCCGGCGACGACGAGCGCGUGAUCGAGAUCUCCGACACGCGCCGUCGCGACCCGGAUGGCCGAAUGCCGACCUUCUCGCCGGCCCAGGAGGCACUGCUCCUCAUCCACGAUCGGAUCCUCGAGAGCAGCGACGAGUUCGGCAGCGGCGGCGGAGACGACGGUUACGGAAUGGUGGGCGUGGGUGGUGGUAGGGACAAGGUGACAACGAGGCUGGUGGUGUCGAGAAUGCACGUGGGGUGUUUGUUGGGGAAAGCAGGGAAGAUUAUUGAGCAAAUGAGGGUUGAGACGAGGACCCAGAUUAGGAUUCUGCCUAGAGAUCAUACUUUGCCCCGUUGCGUUUCCUUGUCGGAGGAGAUUGUUCAGGUUGUAGGUGAUGCGAAUGAUAUAAAGGCUGCUGUAACCAUUAUUUCAUCACGCUUGAGGGAGAGUCAGCAUCGUGACCGCGGUCAUUUCCACGGACGAAUGCAUUCGCCGGAAAGGUUUUUUCCUCCUGAUGAUGAUUAUAUUCCUCACGUAAACAGUGCAGCACGCAGGUCAUCCAUGGAUGGUGCCGCAUUUGGAUCAAGAUUAUCUGGCAACAAUAUCAGAGGCAACAACUAUGCCUCACGUCCAUCUGGUUUUACAAUUGAACCUGGGGCUGCCCCCAUGGUCGACAAUGUGCAGCCAUUUUAUGGUGAAGACCUUGUAUUUCGAAUGCUUUGCCCAAGUGACAAGGUGGAUUGUGUUGUUGGAGAGGCAGAUGGAAUCUUAGAAUUGCUUCAAAAUGAAAUUGGCGUGGAUGUUAAGGUUACUGAUCCUGUGCUUGGUUCAAAUGAGCAGAUUAUAAUAAUUUCUUCAGAGGAGGGUCCUGAUGAUGAGCUGUUUCCAGCCCAGGAAGCUUUGUUGCAUAUCCAAACCCGCAUUGUUGAUCUUGUUCCGGAUAAAGACAACAUAGUAACAACUAGGUUGCUUGUACCAUCUAGUGAUAUUCGAUGUUUAGAGGGAAGAGAUGGCUCCUUGUCAGAGAUGAGGAGAUUAACUGGUGCAAACAUUCAAAUUUUGCCAAGAGAAGAAAUUCCUCCGUGUGUAUCAGGGACUGAUGAGCUUGUACAGAUUGUAGGGGAGAUAAAAGUGGCUCGAGAUGGUCUUAUGGAGGUGACAUCAAGACUGCGGAGUUACUUAUAUAGGGAGUUCUUUCAAAAGGAUAUGACGCCACCUUCUGUCUCUGCACCAGGCCCUGUGGGCAGCGGUAUAGGACUGGAGGCAUCUUCUAUCAAUAACAUAACUCCAGUUCGCGAAGCUCAUAUUGGAGUUGAUGCUCAUACUGCAAACUAUCAGAAUGUGCAAACAGCUCAGCCAUCAAGGGACACUGGAGGGACCGGCAGUGAAAUACCAAAGCAGAAUGAAAAUCACCGCCGUGAAGAUGUUCCGAGUGGCUUGAAUAGAAUCGCUGUACCACUUGUCACUAGGAGUACACUCGAAGUUGUCAUACCAGAGCAUGCAGUUCCCAAGCUCGUAAUGAAAUCAAAGAACAAGCUUGCGCAGAUAAGUGAGUUGUCGGGAGCCAAUGUAACCCUGGUAGAAGAUAGACCAGAGAUGACGCAAAAGAUCAUUCAAAUAUCGGGUACUCCAGAGCAGACCGAGCGAGCUCAGAGCUUGCUCCAGGGAUUUAUUUUGAGCACGCAAGAAGAUGGCCCUUAAGUUACUGUGAGCAGCACGCAUACUGAAAGCUCGAUAUACAGGGAUAGUGCCCUUUAGUUUUUGAUAUAUUAUCUGAUUUCUCAGAUGUAUGAUCCUAGAGCGCAAGGGGCCUUUUGCUCUAUGGUCCAUGCGCGGGAUGGGUUUGCUUAUCUUCAUCUGGCUCCGGUUCUAGGAGCGUGAACGUUCAUAGCGAAAGAAACAUUCCACUGUAAAUGUGGCAUCUAAUAGUUUUUCUGCAUGUUCCAAUUUUCCUGCAGAAGGGAUGGGAUAGACGUACCCUACUGUCCCUAGGGGACGUAAUGUAGUUGUUUACACUUGUUCCUGUUAUGCCCUUGUCUUGAUAAUCGAACUCCUGUUCUAAAUCCCAGAUAUUUGUUUCGCA